AAUUCAAAGUUAUAGCCGAUGUCAUGCGAAUGGCUAGCUACAUGAUUUCCUUUAUAUGGUCUCCUAGUUCAAGAGCCAAAGAGAAUGCAUGCAUUCAUUCCAUGGCAGGAGAAGCCUCAUCCAGUAGCUGGUGGGAGAUCCCUGCCACCUCUGUCUCCACUCACGACUCCAUCAACAAAUGGCCGCCUCCCAGCCGCCGAUACAGUUCACCUUACGACCAAGACCCUGCCUCUUCCUUCACCAACAUACCGGGCCUCAGCAUGAGUUCCUCAUCGGCCAAUAUCUCCAGCGAGCCGGUGCAGAGCCAACUAUGGAAUCAAGCUUUGUUAAACGUCGGAGGUGGCAGAGACACCCUGAACCACCACCAUAAUGACAACGAAAGCUUUUUGCAACCAUUGAACUCCAAAAGCCUGACAACAGACCAGAUCUUCCACGGUGCUAACGACUACCUGAGCAGUCCACUGUCACUGAGCAGCCUGGAGAAGUUGAGCAGACUCCAGGUUGAGAGAUUGAGCAGUAACACAUCAGACAUGGCUAUCAACUGGUCUUUAGCACCUCCAAACCCUCACCUGGACCACCCUCUCUCGCCAUCAGUAUCAAGCCUUCCUGUCACUUCUUUGCUGGCUGAUCGCUACUCUACACUGAACCUUGCUGAUGUUAAGCAUGAUAGAUUACGUUCAAGUUACUUGUCAUGCAGUUAUGACGGCAUUACCAUUAAAGGAGAGACUAACGAUCAGCAUCAGGAGACGAGCAUCAAUAGCAAACUGUGUCCAAAUGAGUUGCUUUGGACUGGCACCAGAAGUUUGUCAGAUGGUAUUUCUUUCACUGGUUGUUUGAACAAGCCACUGCUUGAAGGCUCGGCUUCAUCUAAUAGAAGAAAUGGGAGAACAUUUACUGCCACCAGUGAAGGGAAAAGGAAAAGACCUGAUUACAGUUCAGAGAUACUGCUGAAGAAAUCCAAGCAUGAGAAUUCAACAGCUUCAUCUACUAAGGCACCUAAGAUGAAGUUGACAGACAAGAUCACUGCUUUGCAACAGCUCGUGUCACCUUUCGGCAAGACUGACACUGCAUCAGUGCUCUUUGAGACAUAUAAUUGUAUCAAAAUUUUGCAUGAGCAAGUACAGUUGCUCAGUGACCCAUACAUAAAGUCAAGUGGUAGCAAGUUACUGUGUUUUUCAGGAUCACAGUGGUUGGGGAGAGAUGGCGAGGAAGGGGAUAGCAGAGACAAAUCUUGAUUUGAGAAGUAAAGGGCUCUGCUUAGUUCCUAUUUCAUGCAUUCCGGAAGACCAUAAAGAAAAUUGUGGGUUAGAUUACUGGGUGCCAGCUUAUAGAACUAGUUUGUACAGAUGAACAAUCUCUCAAGCUUUCUCCUCCUGAUUUCACGUGCAGCAUGAAGAAAUUCUUCCAUCAUCAAAUCUCUUAACAGCUAUACAUUCUUUUAUCAAUGUUCUCAUUAUGAUGAGACUGUGGAAGGUUUAAUUGCAGGAGCUGUGAUGAUCCUUUCUUCCUAAA